AGUGUUCUCGUUGUUGCCGCAUUAGCCAUACGCUCAGCACACGCACAAGGCUCAUUGCACAGCAGACGUGCCGCGUACUUGCUGCUAUUGUUUGCUGUUUUUGGGUCGACACGAGUAACACUAAUUCAGAUCAGCGAUGUGGCUUUAGAAUAAUAGUAUUCGUCUUUUGGAAUGGGUAGCUGUCAGGAAUGCUGAACUCAGAGGAGUCGUUGAAUGACCAUUUCCCAUCAGCCAGCGAAAAGCGGCUAGCUGUUCGAUUGUUAACUUUAUGGAAGUAAAGGCGUCAAAGUAUCGUUCUUUCAACUGCUAGGCUUACGAGGAAGAUAUUUUCCUUCGCCUUUCACGGUUCUAGUGCUAGGUUCGAACCCCGUACUGAGAUGAUGAAAUCAUAUGGAUCCCCGGCAAAGGGGAGCGGACGAGCGAGUAGGCUUCGGCUGUUUUCGUUGAUCGUGAUAUGUCUAGGCGUGGUGACGUGGCUGCACUAUGACGUGCCGGAGAAAGCGGAGACUAAGAAAGCCGAUCCCAACACGAUCGCCAGGAUGUGCGAGGGCCGGUACAUUUACAUGUACGACUUGCCUGCGAGAUUCAAUAAGGACGUGGUGGCCAAGUGCCGUGGCCGCGACGACACGGGCCAGCGGUGUGCGGAGCUGAGCUCAUGGGGCAUGGGCGUGCCGUACAACUCCAAGAAGCCCGAGUACGCGGGCGUGGCGCACUGGUGGUCCACGUCGCUGUACAGCACGGAGCUGCUGCUGCACCACCGCCUGAGCAACCACCUCUGCCUCACGCCGCACGCCGCCCAGGCGCACCUCUUCUACGUCCCCUUCUACCCCGGUCUGCAUCUGGAGCACGUGCUGGGCUUCUCCAACACCACCAUCGACGAGUACUAUGACGACUUGGCGCGCUGGAUUCGGCGGCAACCCGCUUUCAAAAGGUACGGCGCCAAGGACCACUUCUUCGCACUGGGCCGCACCACGUGGCUCUUCCGCCGCUCGCUGUCGCCCGUGCUGGAUGGCGCCAACCUGGAGCAGAUGCCGGAGUUCAUGCCCAUGAUGAAGCUGGAGGUGGAGCGCUACGCGUGGGACGACCAGGACGCGUUUGGGCUGCCGUACCCCACCGACUUCCACCCCAUCUCCACCAAGCAGCUGCGCAAGUGGCAGGCCACGGUUCGCAGUGCGAAGCGGCCAUACCAGUUUGCGUGCAUCAUCCCCCCAGACAGCAAGGAGCCCGAGGCCGCCACCAAGACGCGGCAGGCGGUGAUCCAGCAGUGCCAGAUGCCCUCCACCUCGUGCGCGCUGCUCAACUGCAGCAGGGGCGACUGCAGCCACGAGCAGGUCAUGGACCUGUAUCUGUCAGCGCAGUACGCGGUGCAGGACGGCAGCAAUUAUGGGCUGCGCUACCUCAUGGACUCGUUGGUGGCGGGCGCCGUGCCCGUGGUGCUGUGGAACCGCACCUACGCGCUCUACGGGCAGCACUUCCCCUCCAACCCCGACUCGUUCUCCGUGUACCUACCGUACAUCGACGUGCCCGAGUGGACCUCAGUGGAGCACCGCCUCUCCAAAGUCGCCCCCGCCCGCUACCGUGCGCUGCAGCUGCAGGUGAUCCACAUGAUCCCCUCCCUCGUCUACGUGGACCCCUCCCAUGUCCUCUCCAAUGUGCGAGACGCCAUCGACAUCGCCAUCGACCACAUGGUCGGCCUCUGGCGCGACCGCAAGGCGAAGCACGAGUAUCCCGUACCUUCCACGACUUCCGAGCCUGGAGGCGCUGGCUCGGGGACUUUGGAGGCGGAGCAUGGGAAGCGAGUGAUGGAUGCGACAUUGGGUGAAUUGAGUGGGGGUGGUGAAAUUGCUCAUCAAGAGGCGGAAGAGGGCAACAAUGCUGGGAGUGAAGGUGGUUUAUGAGAAGUUAGGGUUGAGGGUGUGCAGCUUGUUCGUCAGCAAUUAGAUCAUACGUAUUGAUCGUCUAUGAUUCGUUUUUAGCUUCUGACGUGUUGAUCCAGGAGUCCUUUGGGGCCUAGCACCUCAUAGCAUAGGGUGUGUUUGUCAGGCUUACACCCCCCUUUGUCUGAAUGUGUAGCCCUUCAGCUGCUAGUAGUAUUUUAUUUAUUCGUGUUACCU